UUUGUGUGUAUUUUACGAUUAGUCAAACUAUUGUUUAUUACCGAAAUAUCAUUUGAAGUGUUUGUGCAUUAAUUGUUCGUGGUUCAUUAAGAAAUUUUUGAAGCGCUGCCAACAUUGAAACAUGCUGACAAAGCCACUCGAGCAGAGAGGAACAUGAGACCAAAUUUGUAAGACGACACCGAAAUGGCACUUAGAAAAGAAUCCUUGGCCAUAAUCACGAUGUUGAUCAUAUGCAAUUACGUCCUAAGUUCAAACUUCGAUUCGAUACCAGAGAGCAUCAGAGUAAGAAGGUCCGCCGAUAACACCACUUCGAGGAGUAGCCUAAAAAAUUUAAACGAGACAAUGAAACAAAGCAAUAAUGAAACUGAAUUUGGAAGGCUUCUAGAUGCAACCGAAAUGACAACUGAAUAUGAUAAUUUCACUGAAGAGCCCUGCGUUGGCGACCGUGCCUUCUGCAAUUUGACCAGAGAGGAGUACAUGGAGAUGCUGAAUGAUUACGUGUUCCCUCAGCCCUACGAAUGGGUACUCAUAGCUACUCACGCCAUAGUAUUUGUGAUCGGGCUGAUAGGGAAUGCGCUUGUUUGCAUAGCGGUGUAUAGAAAUCAUUCCAUGAGAACUGUCACGAAUUAUUUCAUCGUGAAUCUGGCUGUGGCCGAUUUUAUGGUGAUAUUGAUAUGCCUGCCGCCGACUGUGCUCUGGGACGUCACCGAAACCUGGUUCUUUGGGACAGCCAUGUGCAGGAUCGUCCUGUAUUUUCAGUCAGUGUCAGUGACGGUGUCAGUUCUAACGCUGACGUUCAUCUCUGUGGACCGCUGGUACGCUAUCUGCUUCCCGCUGAAGUUCAAGUCGACCACGGGCCGCGCCAAGACCGCUAUACUGAUUAUAUGGCUUCUAUCUCUACUAUUCAAUAUACCGGAAUUCGUCGUGCUUCAAGUGCAAACGAAGAUGCAGCUGCGCUUCAACGUGCAAUACUUCAUGCAGUGCGCCUCCACUUGGUCUGAUGAAAGCGAUCUGACUUGGCACAUCAUCAAGGCACUGUUUCUGUAUACAUUCCCGCUAUUGCUGAUGACGAUCGCCUACUGCCAAAUCGUACGAGUGCUUUGGAGAUCAGACAACAUUCCUGGCCACACUGAAUCCCACAAGUUGUGCAGCACGCAAACAGGGCAGAGCAAUUGGCUAGCGGCAUCUCGACGCACAACGCCAUCGAUCCACACGAACGCCUCCACCGAGGGUCAGCUUCGGUCACGGCGGAAGGCCGCCAAGAUGCUGGUGGCUGUGGUAGCGAUGUUCGCUGUUUGUUACUUCCCGGUACACCUCCUCUCUGUAUUAAGGGUCGCUUUUGACGUGCAACAAACAGACGUGAUGACCUGCAUCGCUCUGAUAUCACACGUGAUGUGCUACGCGAACUCCGCCGUCAACCCGCUGAUUUACAACUUCAUGAGCGGGAAAUUCCGUCGCGAAUUCCACAGAUCGUACUUCAAAUGUUUCUGCUGCUGUCACACCACGCCGGCGCCAGAACAGAAUGGGGCUUCGUUUGAGCCAAUCGGCAGUUCUAGAGCUCGGACCAUCCGCACCACGGUCCGACGGCACGACUCCUGCGUCAGCUAUCGACUCGCCCAUCUGUCACCGUCGAACCACAACAUUCACCGGGACUACAUUCAAAAUACGAACACGUCUUUUAUCGAGCCAAUGAACGGAAAUCGCAGGUCUAAAAUCAGGGACGAAUCGAUCAGCGACACCGCGACACGUUUCACGGUGACCACCGAUAUCCCUUGUAAAGAUUGACAGAAGGACAUACUCGUCUGCGACAUAAGGAAGAACGGAGUCGAGAACUAUAUAGCGAGGAGCACGAAUAGCAUCGAUUGUAAACCUUACUAUGAUUGCUUUAAGAGUCACGGUGAAGCUACGGAGGAAAGACACAGCGAUUGCUAUGAUUACAGAGCGACCGAUAGUGAUUUGUUUACGGUCGACGACUGUAAGGAUCCGAAAUUUAAAUUUAAUCGCAGUUUGAACAGUUGUCAAAUUAAGAACAAGAAGAAAUUUAAUGUGGCGUUCUGAUUUUUCGAUUCUGUUUUCUAGUUUCGAGAUGAAAUCGAAACGUCUGUGUAAAUAAAUCUGGCUAGUGUAAUUAAAAAAGUGCGUGCGUAUAAAGUACACA